AGGUUCAUAGGCAAAGGAGUUGGCGCAGUCGCGGCACUGACAUAGGCUCUCUACCUGCUUCGCAGAGUGUGUGUAAUAAUGGCCUGGAAAUCAGGAGGAGCCAGCCACGCAGAGCUUGUAAACAACCUUCGCAAAAAUGGGAUCAUCAAGUCAGACAAGGUCUAUGAAGUCAUGUUGGCCACAGACCGAGGCCAUUUCUCCAGAAGCAACCCCUACAUGGACUCCCCACAGUCAAUAGGCUAUCAAGCAACCAUCAGUGCGCCACACAUGCACGCCUAUGCUUUGGAGCUACUGCACGAUCAGCUGUAUGAUGGGGCCAAAGCUCUGGAUGUUGGGUCUGGCAGUGGAAUCCUAUCUGCAUGCUUUGCACGAAUGGUAGGUCCCAAAGGCAAGGUGAUAGGAAUUGACCACAUCAAGGAACUGGUAGAUGAUUCUAUUAACAAUGUAAAGAAAGAUGACCCCAGCUUGAUAACAUCUGGUCGAGUCAAACUAAUAGUGGGAGACGGGCGGAUGGGCCAUCCAGAGGAGGCGCCUUAUGAUGCCAUCCACGUGGGCGCGGCAGCACCCAACGUGCCACAAGCACUCCUGGACCAGCUGAAGCCAGGCGGCAGGCUGAUUCUGCCCGUGGGGCCGGCUGGAGGGAACCAGAUGCUGGAGCAGUACGACAAGCUGGAGGACGGCAGCACCAAGAUGAAGCCCCUGAUGGGGGUGAUUUACGUGCCUUUAACAGACAAAGAAAAGCAGUGGUCCAGGUGGAAGUGACUUCCUACUCUCUCUCCCCCCUCUCUCCUUCAUACAGUGGGCAAAGGGAUGAACUUUGAGGCGACAGACUGUCCAUAUUCCACAUAUCAAUGUGAACCUGGAGGAGACUACUUUGGGUUUCAACAACAGCCAUUGGAUUUCUUUGAAAACAAACCAUGGUGAUUUAGUUUUCUCCUUUAACUCUACCUAGAGUAUCAUGCUGAGGAAUAACCCCUGAGGUCGGAAUAACGACUGCUGGAGAUUGAACAGAAGAAUGUGUCGGGGGUUGUUUCAAAAAUAUAUAUAUAUAUUGGCCUGCAUUCUUUUGGUUGUGAAUUUUCCUUUUGAUUUGCUGCAAGAUUGAGUUUUUGUGGUUACAUCUUGAUUUGCAAUCAACCAUUUCUACAAUAAUGCAUUUCAGCUCCAAACAAAGCUGAGUGUAAAGAGGUUGCCAAACUGUUCUGAUGAGGAAAGCCUGAGUUGAAGAGAUUAUUCAGCCACUUACUUUAGAGUGCAUCUGAAGAUCUGACUAGAUAUCUGUACUGCUGCUCUGCUAACAUAUAUCAGCGUCGUCGCCUAAUAGGAAGUGAAUGGGCAAUGAUGUAUUGGGUUAUUUAUGAGUCACUUUUAUUGUAAGAAUAGAAGAUGUUUCUGAACAAUUCUACAUUCAUGUGGAUGUUAUGGGUGAUCUUGAAUAGUGAUGAGUGAGAAGGUUACAGGUACAAAGACCCCCCCCCCCCUAACUUAUAACCUCUUAUUGGUAAUGGUGAGAGAUUAGCAUGUUUUGUUGCAGCCUUUGUAACCUUCUCACUCAUUAUUCAUGAUUCAUUCAUGAUUUUUCUUAAUCAUGGCAUUAUCAGGAUUAAUUUAGAAGGGUUCAGAAACAUCUUCAUUACUCACUUCGAAAGAAAAUUACAUUCUUCAUUCAGUUUCUAUUGGGCAAAACAUAACCAAAACAACCUGCAAAUGCAUCACAGGUUUGUUGUCACAAGCUUGAUGUAGUCAAGCGUUAGGAAUAAUACUCAACUUUUGACUAUUUUAAUACACUAUAAGUCCAUUUGUCCAAAUACUUAUGACUUCUUCAAAUGGGGGACAAGAUACAUAGUGCUUUCCUUUCUAAACUAGUAAAACAAAUAUGAAAACACCCUAAAAUAAAGUGACAUUCUAUAAUGUUGCCUCAUAUGAAACAUUUGAUCUCAAAUCCAAAAUGCUGAAGUACAGAGCCACAUUUAAAAUGUUAGUUUCACUGUCCAAAUACAUAUGGGAGUGAGUGUGUAUAUACACGUGCACACGUUCAGGGUUGUCCUUUCCCCCAUGAUUUAUCGUGUGCUGCCUCUGGUGUCCAUGACAAGACUGUGUGCAAGCUUUACUGAUUACCGACACUAAACAAAGCAGAGCCAUACAUACAUAUAUAUAUAUUAUAUAUAUGUGUGAGUGUGAAACAAGGUAGCCGGUGCUUUGCCAAAAUACAUUUUAAUGCAAAGCGAUUGAAUGAGCUAUGGCUUUCACAAUUUCUGGAAUGGCAAAAAUGAAAAUAAAAAGAUGCUUAUGUU